GAGAACAACGGGCUCAUUCAGCGGUCGGGAGUUGCCCGCGAGGGGGAGCGGCCGGCGGAGAGCGCGACUCGUCCCGGGGGUGGGGCCGGGCGCAGUGGCGAGAGGAGACGAAGGUGGCCGCGGCAGCAGCAGCAGCAGCAGCGCGGCAGCCUCUACCCGGCUCGGAGCGCAGGGCGGCCGCCGCAGCUCCGCUCCCCUCCCGGUGCGCCCGCCCAUGGCGGCCGCGCGGCAGCUGUGGCUGCUCUACCUGUCGGCGGGGCUCCUGUCCCGGCCCGGCACCGCCUUCAACUUGGACACCCGCGAGGAGAACGUGAUCCGGAAAAUGGGGGACCCCGAGAGCCUCUUCGGCUUCUCGCUGGCCAUGCACUGGCAGCUGCAGCCCGAGGACAAGCGACUGUUGCUGGUGGGGGCCCCGCGGGCAGUGGCCCUUCCACUGCAGAAGGCCAACAGAACAGGAGGCUUGUACAGCUGCGACAUCACCUCCCGGGGGCCUUGCACACGGAUUGAAUUUGAUAACGACGCUGACCCUUCCUCAGAGAGCAAGGAAGAUCAAUGGAUGGGGGUCACCGUCCAGAGCCAAGGUCCAGGGGGCAAAGUUGUGACAUGUGCUCAUCGAUAUGAAAAAAGGCAACAUGUUAACACAAAGCAGGAAUCCCGAGACAUCUUUGGAAGGUGUUACGUCCUAAGUCAGAAUCUCAGGAUUGAAGAUGAUAUGGAUGGAGGAGACUGGAGUUUUUGUGAUGGCCGAUUGAGAGGCCAUGAAAAAUUUGGUUCUUGCCAGCAAGGUGUAGCAGCUACUUUUACUAAAGACUUUCAUUACAUUGUAUUUGGAGCCCCGGGCACUUAUAACUGGAAAGGGAUUGUUCGCGUAGAGCAAAAGAAUGACACUUUUUUUGACAUGAACAUCUUUGAAGAUGGGCCUUAUGAAGUUGGUGGAGAGACUGACCAUGAUGAAAGUCUAGUUCCUGUUCCUGCUAACAGUUAUUUAGGUUUUUCUUUGGACUCAGGGAAAGGUAUUGUUUCUAAAGAUGAGAUCACUUUUGUAUCUGGUGCUCCGAGAGCCAAUCACAGUGGAGCUGUGGUUUUGCUAAAAAGAGGCGUGAAGUCUGCACAUCUUCUCCCUGAGCAUAUAUUUGAUGGGGAGGGUCUGGCUUCUUCAUUUGGCUAUGAUGUGGCAGUGGUGGACCUUAACAAAGAUGGGUGGCAAGAUAUUGUGAUUGGAGCCCCGCAGUAUUUUGAUAGAGAUGGAGAAGUUGGAGGGGCAGUGUAUGUCUACAUUAACCAGCAAGGCAGAUGGAAUAAUGUCAAGCCAAUUCGUCUUAAUGGAACCAAAGAUUCUAUGUUUGGCAUUGCAGUCAAAAAUAUUGGAGAUAUUAAUCAAGAUGGCUACCCAGAUAUUGCUGUUGGAGCUCCCUAUGAUGGUAUGGGAAAGGUUUUUAUCUUUCACGGAGCUGCAAAUGGAAUAAAUACCAAACCAACACAGAUUCUCGAGGGUAAAUCGCAUUCUUUUGGAUACUCAAUUGCUGGAAAUAUGGACCUUGAUAGAAACUCCUACCCUGAUGUUGCUGUUGGUUCCCUCUCAGAUUCAGUAACUAUUUUCAGAUCCCGGCCUGUGAUUAAUAUUCAGAAAACUGUCACAGUAACACCUAACAAAAUUGAUCUUCGCCAGAAAACGGCCUGCGGAGCACCUAGUGGGAUAUGCCUCAAGGUUAAGGCCUGUUAUGAAUAUACUGCCAAACCCACUGGUUACAAUCCUUCAAUAUCCAUUGUGGGCACACUGGAGGCUGAAAAGGAAAGAAGAAAAUCUGGGCUGUCCUCAAGAGUUCAGUUUCGAAACCAAGGUUCUGAGCCCAAGUAUACUCAAGAACUCACUCUGAACAGGCAGAAGCAGAAGGCGUGCAUGGAGGAGACCCUCUGGCUACAGGAGAAUAUCAGAGAUAAACUGCGUCCCAUUCCCAUAACUGCUUCUGUAGAGAUCCAAGAGCCAAACACUCGGAGGCGAGUGAAUUCACUUCCAGAAGUUCUUCCAAUUCUGAAUUCAAACGAACCCAAGACAGUUCAUACAGACGUGCACUUCUUAAAAGAGGGAUGUGGAGACGACAAUGUAUGUAACAGCAACCUUAAGCUAGAAUAUAAAUUUUGUACCCGAGAAGGAAAUCAAGACAAAUUUUCUUAUUUACCCAUUCAAAAAGGUGUACCAGAACUAGUUUUAAAAGAUCAGAAGGACAUUGCUUUAGAAAUAACAGUGACAAACAGCCCUUCCAGUCCAAGGAAUCCCACAAAAGAUGGCGAUGAUGCUCAUGAAGCUAAACUCAUUGCAACAUUUCCAGACACUUUGACUUAUUCUGCAUAUAGAGAACUGAGGGCUUUCCCUGAGAAACAGUUGAGUUGUGUUGCCAACCAGAACGGCUCACAAGCAGACUGUGAGCUCGGAAAUCCUUUUAAAAGAAAUUCCAGUGUUACUUUUUAUUUGAUUUUAAGUACAACUGAGGUCACCUUUGACACUAGACAUCUGGAUAUUAAUCUGAAGUUGGAAACAACAAGCAAUCAAGAUAAUUUGGCUCCAAUUACAGCUACAGCAAAAGUGGUUAUUGAACUGCUUUUAUCGGUCUCCGGAGUUGCUAAACCUUCCCAGGUUUAUUUUGGAGGUACAGUUGUUGGUGAGCAAGCUAUGAAAUCUGAAGAUGAAGUGGGAAGUUUAAUAGAGUAUGAGUUCAGGGUAAUUAACUUGGGUAAACCUCUUAAAAACCUCGGCAAAGCCACCUUGAAUAUCCAGUGGCCAAAAGAAAUUAGCAAUGGCAAAUGGUUGCUUUAUUUGGUGAAAGUAGAAUCCAAAGAAUUGCAGAAUAUAGCUUGUGAGCCACAAAGUGAAAUAAACCUCCUGAGACUAAAGGAAUCUCACAACUCAAGAAAGAAACGGGAAAUUGCUGAAAAACGGAUAGACGAUAACAGAAAAUUUUCUUUAUUUGCUGAAAGAAAAUACCAGACUCUUAACUGCAGCGUGAACGUGAACUGUGUGAACAUCAAGUGCCCACUGCAUGGGCUGGACAGCAAGGCGUCCGUUGUUUUGCGCUCGAGGUUAUGGAAUAGCACGUUUCUAGAGGAAUAUUCCAAAAUGAACUACUUGGACAUUCUCGUGCGGGCUUCUAUUGAUGUAACUGCUGCCUCGGAGAAUAUCAAGCUGCCAAACGCUGGCACUCAGGUUCGUGUCACUGUGUUUCCUUCAAAGACUGUAGCUCACUAUUCAGGAGUAGCUUGGUGGAUCAUCCUAGUGGCUAUUCUUGCUGGGAUUUUGAUGCUUGCUCUAUUAGUGUAUAUACUAUGGAAGUGUGGUUUCUUCAAGAGAAAUAAGAAAGAUCAUUAUGAUGCCACAUAUCACAAGGCUGAGAUCCAUGCUCAGCCGUCUGAUAAAGAGAGGCUUACUUCUGAUGCAUAGUAUUGAUCUACUUCUGUAAUUGUGUGGAUUCUUUAAACGCUCUAGGUACGAUGAUAGCGUUCCCCGAUACCAUGCUGUAAGGAUCCGGAAAGAAGAGCGAGAGAUCAAAGAUGAAAAAUAUAAUGAUAACUUUGAAAAAAAACAGUGGAUCACAAGAUGGAAUGAAAAUGAAAGCUACUCCUAGGGGGGCCAAAAAAGCUUCACUGUACCCAAACUGCUUUUUUUUUUUUUUGCCCAACUCAGAAAUUCAAAUGGAUUUAAAAGCCCGUUCAAUACCUGGAUAUUGAUCUCAGACUACACACAGUACGAACCUACAGUUUUACCUGUGGACAUAGUUACGUAGCCUGAGGCCUCUGUUUUGCACAGCCAAAUUUAAGACGGUUGGAACGGAUUUUUCUUUAACUGCCUUAAUUUAACUUUCCGGGUUGCCUUUGUUUUUGGUGUAGCUGACUUAAACAUAUGCUGGGGAAGGGCCUGCCAGUUGUGCUUAUUGCAACAUCCUCCUGAUAGUAUAGCUGGAAGAAGGCACCCACAAUCACCGCACUAACUGAGUGACCGUCCUAACCUCAGCACUGCCUCUGCAAACAUUCUUCCCAAAGGACUGGAGAACCGCAAAUCAACUGUCCCGCGUCACAAGACUCUGCAGUCGGGGUAGUUCUGUUUCAAUUUCAAGUGCUAUCCUAAAUUAAAUGUGCAAUAGAAGGUGAUGUUGCCAUCCUGCCCUCUUUUUCCAUUUCCUAGAUGUGUGAACACUUGCUCACACCAAAUAUAUACAGGUUUCAUUCUCCCUUUUCACUAAAACACACAGGCGCAACAGACUUGAAUGCUAGUUAUACUUAUUUGUAUAUGGUAUUUAUUUUUUUUUUUACAAACCAUUUUGUUAUUGACUAACAGGCCAAAGAUUCUCCAGUUUACCCUUCAGGUUGAAUUAAACAAUCAGAACAUGGGAGGUCAUUGGUGUGACCUAAAUUAUUUACUGCAAAAAGAAAAUAAUAAUUCUUUAUAAAUGUGCCAGAAAGUUGUUAUAGUUUACAGAUAAGUUUAAGUUAUUAAAACAUCUCCCUUCAUGACAGCCCUCACCCCCUUCCUCCAAACCCAAAAGGUUGCUUUAAGAAAUAGGAUUUAACCAUAAGAUGUUUAAUUCAUAUCAGACAUUGGAUAUUUUUGAGUUUAGAGCCCUGUGUGAUAUUUCUGAAUUUCAUGCUAUAACUUUCAAGAAUUCUUGGAAAUUAUGGGUUGGUUGGUUUGUUGAAUUUUAGUGCAGUUUCUGCAAAUACUGUAUAUUUAGGACUUGAAAGACAUGGUGAGUGCCUAUGGUGGAUCCAGACUGAUCCAGUGUAAGACUACUGAAUAUCUGACACCAGGAGUCAGGGAGAACAUCAUGGCCUUUAGGUCUUUAAAUGUUAUUGGAAUCAUUUAAUCAGUGAGUCAAUGUUCUGUUUUUGCUUUGUUUACUCCCCUAUCUAUAUUCCCAAAAUUACUUUGGGAAUGCUCUAACAAGCCUUAAAUUGUUUUUUAAUUUUAAAAAUGGAGGUGGGGGAGGAAGACAUUAUUCUAUACUUUCAAUAGAGAUUGAAUAGCUACAAAAGCUGAAUUUUUUUUUAAUUACUGUAUUUCAAAAUGUUAAGUUAUAUGGGGAGCAACAACCAACAGGUGCUAAUUUGUUUGAAUAUAGCAUAAGCAGUAUCUCAGUCUUUUAGAAGAACAAAAUACAACUACAUGUGCCAUUGUUGCUUUUAGUUUUUUUUUCUUUUCAGAAAUCUUAUGCCCUUAAGAUACUAAGGACAUUAUUCUUGUUGUACUUUGGAAUUUUCAUUCACAAAAGUAGUUUUACAAAUGAUAUUUUGUUUACAAAAAUUUGUCUAAAACAGGUCAUAACGGUGUUUAAAAUCUCAGUUUCUUGCUUAGGUAACUUGGAACCUAAUGCACUGGCUUUAUAGGUUGCUAAGAAGCUGAUAUUUUGAAAGUGCUAUAGACCUUUGUUAUAAAAACGAAUGUCCCGAAGGUGGGGUGGGAGGGAAGGGUAGUUCAACAACAAAGAAAUGAGAAUGUAGUGGUGUUUAAAUUUAUAGUUGUUAAAAACGUCAUCUCAAGUCAAGUCACUGGUCUGUUUGCAUUUGAUACAUUUUGAUACUAACUAGCAUUGUAAAAUUAUUUCAUGAUUAGAAAAUACCUGUGGAUAUUUGUAUGAAAGUGUGAAAUAAAAUUUUUUAUGAAAGUGUUCAUUGCUUAGUAACACAGCAUUGUAUAUGUGAAGCAAACUCUAAAAUUAUAAAUGAGAACCUGAA